AUGGCUGCUCGUGGUCGUCGUGCUCAGGCUAACCAACCCCUUGCAGCUCCAGAAAGAGACCCGCGAGAUAUUGAGAUGGACAACUUGAGAAGACAAGUCCAGCAGCUCCAAGAACAUUUACAACAUUUUGAAGCCUCUGAACAUGAUGCCUCUCAUCAUGACUCGGAGAAUGAAGUUUCCAGCGACGAUGGAGAGGGUGUUAAUCCUUUUCACCAAGCUCGUAGUCACACCUCAAGUGACAGCACUCCACCUCAUCCUCGAAACCUAAGACUUCAUGGUGUCCAACGCCAUUACGAUGUCAAGGUGGAUAUUCCAGAAUUUGAAGGAAGAAUGCAGCCUGAUGAAUUCAUUGAUUGGCUUAAUACCAUUGAGCGAAUCUUUGAUUACAAAGAUGUUCCAGAACACCACAAGGUGAAGCUUGUUGCCAUCAAGUUGAGAAAGCAUGCUUCUAUUUGGUGGGAGCACCUUAAGAAACAACGGGAACGUGAAAGGAAAAGCCGCAUUGUGACGUGGGCUAAGAUGAAGAAGGCUCUCAAGAAGAAGUAUUUGCCAGAUCAUUAUCGACAAGAUGCUUUUCUUAAGUUCCACAACUUUCGGCAGAACGAACUUUCUGUGGAGGAGUACACAGCGGAAUUUGAUCAUUCUAUGAUGCGCUGUGAUAUUGUAGAACCGGAGGAGCAAAUGGUAGCCCGUUACCUUGGAGGUUUACGUUCCGAAAUCAGUAAUGUUGUUCAGUUACAGCCUUAUUGGACUUACAAUGAUGUUUGUAAGCUAGCACUCAAGGUGGAGAGACAAUUGAAGGAAGGGCGCAGGAGUACCUAUCGACCUUUCAAUCAAGGAGGAAUCACCAACCGGGGGAAUAGUUCUACUGCCAAGACCACUCCAUAUCCCAAGAGUGAAGCCAAACAACCAGCCAAGAGUGAUGCUCAUGCAGGUUCAAAUCGCUCCAAUAAUUCUAACUCAAGUAGAAAAUGCUUUAAAUGUCAUGGCUUUGGACAUAUUGCUUCUGAUUGUCCAAAUCGCAAGAUAAUCUCACUUGUUGAGGAAGACUUGGAAGAUGAUGGGGAUGAACCAGUUGAUGAAGAUUCUGAGGAAGACUUGACAUAUGCAGAUCAAGGAGAGUCUCUUGUAAUUCGCAGGAUCUUGAAAUCCACCUACGCAGAAGAAGAUUGGCUUCGGAACAACAUUUUCCACACCAAGUGCACCUCUAGUGGCAAGGUGUGCAAUGUCAUCAUUGAUGGGGGAAGUUGUGAGAAUGUGGUGUCUACAACCAUGGUGGGGAAGCUCAACCUGAAAACAGAACCUCAUUCCCAUCCUUACAAGCUUCAAUGGCUUAAAAAGGGCAAUGAUAUCCAGGUAACAAAGAAAUGCUUAGUUCAAUUCUCUAUUGGGAAGAAUUACAAAGAUGAAGUUUUGUGCGAUGUUGUUCCUAUGGAUGCAUGUCAUAUAUUGCUUGGUAGACCACGGCAGUUUGAUAGAAGAACUUUUCAUGAUGGUUUCAAAAACACUUAUGCUUUUGAAAAAGAUGGGGCCAAAAUUACCUUAGCUCCGUUAAGAAUGUUGACUACACCUAAACCUUCUAAAGGGGAGGGUAAUAACCUACUUUCUAUAUGUGAAGUUGAGAGAGUUUUAACAGAAUGUGGGGAAGGGUAUGCUCUAGUGGUAGUUGAAAAGAAAGACCCAAUUGAAAUUCCUCUUAUCUUACAACCAGUUCUUGAGAAAUUUCCUGAUGUUAUUCCGGAAGAGCUUCCACCGGGUCUUCCACCCAUGAGAGACAUACAGCACCGCAUUGACCUCGUUCCAGGUUCUGUUCUACCUAACAAGGCAGCCUAUCGAAUGAAUCCAAGAGAGCAUGAAGAGUUGCAGAAACAAGUUGAUGAAUUGAUCACCAAAGGCCUUGUGAGAGAAAGCAUGAGUCCUUGUGCUGUUCCAGCACUUCUAGUACCAAAGAAGGAUGGUUCUUGGCGUAUGUGCAUCGACAGUAGGGCUGUGAACAAGAUCACCAUCAGGUAUCGCUUUCCCAUUCCGCGGCUAGAUGAUCUCCUUGAUCAGCUUCAUGGAGCCACAAUCUUCUCCAACUUGGAUCUUCGUAGCGGAUACCACCAAAUUCGCAUGAGCGAUGGUGAUGAAUGGAAGACAGCUUUUAAAACUAGAGAUGGUCUUUAUGAAUGGAUGGUCAUGCCAUUCGGACUCUCUAAUGCUCCCAGUACAUUUAUGCGUCUCAUGAAUCAUGUUUUUAAACCAUUUAUGGGAAAAUUUGUUGUUGUUUACUUUGAUGAUAUCUUAGUUUACAGCAAAUCUUCAGAACAGCAUUUGGAGCACCUUCAACAAGUCUUUCAAACUCUACGAGAGCAGAAGUUGUAUGUGAACUUGAAGAAGUGUCAUUUCUUCACAAAUAGCCUAGUAUUCUUAGGCUAUGUUGUUUCUAAGGAAGGAAUCAUGAUGGAUCCCAGCAAAAUUGAGGCUAUCACUAGCUGGCCUAUUCCCAAGUCCCUUCAUGACAUCAGAAGCUUUCAUGGACUUUCAUCAUUCUACCGGCGUUUCAUCAAAGGCUUCAGCACCAUUAUUGCUCCCAUCACAGAAUGCCUUAAGGGAGGAACAUUUAAGUGGACGGAAGAAGCCCAAAAGAGCUUUGAACUUCUCAAGCAGAAAGUAACAGAGGCACCAAUCCUUAUGCUUCCAGAUUUCUCCAAAGUGUUUGAAGUCGAUUGCGAUGCUUCUAAUCUGGGAAUUGGUGGUGUUCUCAGCCAAGAAGGCAAGCCAAUUGCCUUUUUCAGUGAAAAGCUCAAUGACUCCCGAAAGAAGUAUUCCACCUAUGACAAAGAAUUAUAUACACUUGUUCGUGUCUUGGAGCAUUGGAGUCAUUAUCUACUCUCCAAAGAAUUUAUACUUCAUUCUAACCAUGAAGCUUUGAAGUACUUGAGCAGCCAGUAG